AUGGCGCUGGUCGCGGCUUCAGUCUCCGCGCUCUCCGUCGCGCCUGCGGACGCCCAGACGGCGCUCGCUCAGUCUGCCAGGGAUGCCUUCGAGUCGGAGAGGAAGUCGGGGUUGGAGGCGCCGACGAUGCGCCUUACCGGUCAUCAGGGCGAAGUCCUCGCAGUGAAGUUCUCACCCGACGGCCGAAACAUCGCAUCUGCCGGCGUCGACCGCGAUGUUCUGAUUUACAACGUGUACGGAGAGAUCUCCACGUGGCAAGCUCUGAGAGGCCACUCGAAGGCGAUUCUCGACUUUCGCUGGUCGACUGAUGGGACGCAGAUCUACACGGCCUCGGCCGAUCAGACGGCGGCAGUGUGGGACGUGGAGUCUGGCGCGCGCCUGAAGAAGCUCAAGGGGCACGUGGGCAUCGUGAACGCCUGCGGCGUCGCGUCGCGCGAGGCUGCGGAGUGCCCAAGUCGCGCGACGUACGGCUGCGCCUCGCUCUUUGUCACCGGCGCGGACGACGGCACUUCGCGCGUGUGGGACCUGCGCGUCCGCAGACACGUCAAGAAGUAUGAACACCAGUAUCAGAUUCUGUCUGUUGCGCUCGACGGUCACGGCGGACGCGUGUUCGCUGGAAGCUUGGAUAACACCAUUCGAGUCUACGACUUGCGCGGCGGAGACGACGAGAGCGAAGUGUACGAUGCACACACAGACAGCGUUACAGGCCUCAGCAUCUCGGCUUCCGGCGCAACUCUCCUCAGCAACGGCAUGGAUCACACUGUGCGCGUCUGGGAUAUCCAGCCCUUCGUCCAGGGCGGAAAGCGACACGUAGCCGCUCUCCGCGGCGCCUCGCACAACUUCGAGAAGAAUCUUCUCCGCGUCUGCUGGAGCGCUGACGAGAAGCUCUGCAGCGCAGGUUCAGCCGACAGGCACGUCUGCGUGUGGGACGUGGAAGAAGUGCUUCGCGAGAAAGGAAAAAACCAGGCGGCGUCGCCGCUGCUAUACCGCCUGCCCGGGCACUCCGGAUCCGUGAACGACGUUUGCUUCCACCCCACGGAGCCGGUUAUCGCCUCUGCGAGCUCAGACCGCACAGUGUUGAUGGGAGAGCUCUCGUAA